GGCAUGGUCUAGUGGCUCAGACAAGGACCCGGAACCAGCGGCCGAGGUUCUGAUCCCUGCUCAGUCUCCGCCUCCGCGUGGCCUUGGGUGUAGCCACUGCCGGCCGCCAUGGGCAAGCAGAACAGCAAGCUGCGGCCCGAGGUGCUGCAGGACCUGCGGGAGAACACGGAGUUCACGGACCACGAGCUGCAGGAGUGGUACAAGGGCUUCCUCAAGGACUGCCCCACCGGCCACCUGACCGUGGAUGAGUUCAAGAAGAUCUACGCCAACUUCUUCCCCUACGGCGACGCCUCCAAGUUCGCCGAGCACGUCUUCCGCACCUUCGACACCAACGGCGACGGCACCAUCGACUUCCGGGAGUUCAUCAUCGCGCUGAGUGUCACCUCGCGCGGCAAGCUGGAGCAGAAGCUCAAGUGGGCCUUCAGCAUGUACGACCUGGACGGCAACGGCUACAUCAGCCGCAGCGAGAUGCUGGAGAUCGUGCAGGCUAUUUACAAAAUGGUGUCGUCGGUGAUGAAGAUGCCUGAGGAUGAAUCCACUCCUGAGAAACGGACGGACAAGAUCUUCAGGCAGAUGGACACCAACAAUGACGGCAAACUGUCCCUGGAAGAGUUCAUCAAAGGUGCCAAGAGCGACCCUUCCAUCGUCCGGUUGCUACAGUGCGACCCCAGCAGCGCAAGUCAGUUCUGAGGGACCCCGCGUCUGGACAGUGACAGAGAAACACAGGCUUGUCUCGCUGUUUAAGCUUUGCUUGCAAACGUGGAUGCCUCCUCAAUCGUUCCCGCUCUCCGGGCCGGGCCGGGUGGCCCGUGGCACCUGUCCGGCCCGCAGCCGCGCCUCCCUCCUCCACCUGGCCUCCUACCGCCCCCCCCGGCCGCGCCCAGGCGUCCAGGGAUGUCCACACGCGGGGCCCGGUGUCCUCGCCUCCAGGGCACGUCCCCGCCUGCGGGGAGCCCCGAGGACACCACCGAGGACACUGGCGGGGCUUUCUGAGGUGGCUCCAGGCCAGCUGAUUUAUUCUGUGGUUGCAGGUGACUCGUGGAUAAGGCGAGGACAGGAAGGAGGGAGAGUAGAUGGCACCCUCCCCGUGCAUGGCUCCACCUAGCUCGUCGUAUUCUCUGACCAAAGCCACUCGCACGUCUGUACUGUGGUCUCCUUUCUCUAAUGUAAAUUAUACGUACGGUGAUGUGAAGUGUCACGUGUAGGUCCCGUAUUUAACGCCUCGGCCGCCUCUGAAGCGUGGUUCCCCCGUGGCCCGCGGUCCCUCCGAGCCUGGUUCUCCUGUGGUAUUUAUGCCCUCAGUCUGCCCGUUCCCAGAGGAGAUGCAUGCGUGCCCGUUGCCGUGGAGACCCUCCCGUCCACACAGAGAAUGCGGGCAUCUGUGUAAGGUUUGUCCUGUUGAUUGGUCCGGCAUUUCCUGUAUUAAAAUGAUCCAAUAAACGGAAUUCUCUGA